GCUCUGUCAUUUUGUGACAUGGCAGGUCCAUGUGGUGUUUGAGUGCCGAGAAUUUCGUGAUUUUUUGAGGUAAAACGGCCGUAAAUCCCCAAUUAAACUAAUCGAAGAUGAAGUUGAACGUGUCCUAUCCCGCCACGGGAUGCCAAAAGCUCUUCGAGGUGGUCGACGAGCACAAAAUCCGCAUCUUUUACGAGAAGCGCAUGGGCCAGGAAGUGGAAGCGGACCCAUUAGGAGACGAAUGGAAGGGCUACGUAUUGAAAAUAGCCGGAGGUAACGACAAACAGGGCUUCCCCAUGAAACAGGGCGUCCUCACCAACGUGCGGGUCCGUCUGUUGUUGUCCAAGGGCCACUCCUGCUACCGACCCAGACGCACCGGUGAACGCAAGAGGAAAUCGGUGAGGGGCUGCAUCGUCGACGGAAACCUGUCCGUUCUGGCCCUAGUGGUGGUCCGCAAGGGCGAACAAGAAAUCCCCGGGCUCACCGACACCACCAUCCCCCGUCGUUUAGGACCCAAGAGGGCCUCCAACAUCCGUAAACUGUUCAAUUUGAGCAAGGAGGACGACGUGAGGAAGUACGUAGUGAAACGUCCCCUGCCCUUGAAAGAGGGCAAGAAGCAAAGGUACAAGGCCCCCAAGAUCCAACGUCUGGUCACCCCGACUGUUUUGCAAAGGAAACGUCAUCGUCUCGCAUUGAAGAAGAAGAGGUGCCUGAAACGUAAGGAGGAGGCCGACACUUAUGCCAAACUGUUGGCCCAGAGGAAGAAGGAAUCCAAGGCUCGUAAGGAGCAGGCUAAGAGGCGCCGCUCUGCCAGCACCAGGGAGAGUCGAUCCAGCACCCAUAGCAAAUAAGUCUUAUGUUUUAUUCUCCCUUUUUUUAUUUUAUUACUGUUUCUUAUGACAGGAAAUAAAGUUUUCGAUAAGUGGUU